AUGAUUGAUGGAAGGAAGAAGAAAAUUACUACUACAUUCCCCGCCCAUACUGAUGGGUCAUCUCGUGUCUGUAUAUACACGCAAGCCCCGAUCCCGGUCGUUCCGUCGCGGAAUUCGCAAGACAGAGUCACUCAUGAUCACUUUUUGUCGCCCGAGGCUUCCGCAACGCAUAUCCACUGCGCGUCUACUCCGUAG